AGCCGCAGCCACUCUACCAUUGUGUCUCCCUUUAGCACAAACACAUUGCACUUUUUUUGAACAUUCUUUCCAACUACCAAUAACUCUACAUUUUUGCAAUAAACCUUCACUCUAUUCUAUAUAUACCCUGCCAAUUCUUAUGUUCUUGAACAUCAAAAUGGAGGUUAGUAAUUCAUUUGUGAAAAAUCCCAAACCCCAUAUCCACAUUGUCAUUGAGCUAUCCACACCACCACAAACACCACAACCGCCUCAGCCGCCGCCACAUUAUAGCUUUUUAAAUGCCGUUAAAGAGUCACUUGUUUCACUUUUGGCAAGGUUUCAUGCAGGAUAUUUUAGAAUAAGCCUUUCUCUUUGUAGCCAGGCCUUACUCUUGAAAAUUCUUAGAGAUGAAUCAAUAACUAAUCCACAUUCGCUUAGAAGAGUUUUCCAAGGGAUACCCUCUUUAGCUUUUGUUCUUCUUUGGUCAAUAGCUUUCUUUAUAACAGCAUUUCUCUCCUUUGUUUAUAUAUUUAGAUGUUUCUUUCACUUUAAGUUAGUGAAAGAUGAAUUUCUCCAUCAUGUAGGAGUGAACUAUCUUUUUGCUCCUUGGAUUUCUUGGCUUCUUUUACUUCAAUCAUCACCUUUUUUCAAUUCAAAAUCUAUUUACUAUCUUUUUCUUUUUUGGGUUUUUGUUGUUCCAAUGUUAGUGCUUGAUGUUAAAAUUUACGGUCAGUGGUUUACUAAAGGAAAGAGAUCUUUAUCUAUAGCAGCAAAUCCGACAAGCCAGUUAUCAGUGAUCGGAAACUUGGUCGGAGCUCAGGCGGCAGCCGAAAUGGGGUGGAGAGAGAUUUCUAUUUGCAUGUUUUCAUUAGGGAUGAGUCAUUAUCUUGUGCUUUUUGUAACAUUAUAUCAAAGGUUAAGUGAGGGUAAUUGCGUACCAACAAUGUUAAGGCCAGUUUUCUUCUUAUUUAUUGCUGCUCCAAGCAUGGCAAGCUUGGCUUGGAACUCUAUUUCUGGAAGCUUUGAUAACUUGGCAAAGAUGCUCUUCUUUCUCUCUCUUUUCCUCUUCUUAUCCCUGGUUUCAAGGCCAAUGCUAUUCAAGAAAUCCACAAGAAAGUUCAAUGUAGCAUGGUGGGCAUACUCUUACCCUUCAACAAUUUUGGCAGCAGCAUCAGCAGAUUAUGCACAAGAGGUUAAGGGUACUAUUGCCCAUGCGAUGAUGAUGGUGUUAUCUUCACUUUCAGUUCUUGUAUCUCUUAGCUUGGUGGUUUUCACUGCACUUAAUACUAACAGCCUUUUCCCACCUAAAGGUCCUGUUAGUCCUAAUAAUCUUCAAGCCACAUCAUGAUGAUUAAAGACAACAUCGUUAUAUAUUCCAAUUGUAAAUCACAUGUUGCAGACGGAAAAAAUCAUAACCAUCUUUUUUUAAAAAAUAUAUAUGUGUGUGUGUGUGUGUGUGUAUUAUGUUCAAAUUGUUAUUUUUUGGUUUUAUCCCCAUGUCUCCUUUUGAAUAUGAUACCAGUUCUGAUAUUUCAGAAAUCAUCCAAUGAACUUAUGUGUGUCUUACUACUUA